AUGGCAAAAACUACCAAACAAGACGUCAAGGCCGAAAAUGGCAUCCAUCACAGCGACCAUGCUGAAGGAGUCACUGUGCAGCCCAUCAAGCCCUUCGGUCUUCUCAGCCUCAUUGGCAUGGGCUAUGCGAUCAGCAAUACAGCCAUCACUUGCAUCGGGUCCCUGGCUGCUUCCCUAGGCGGUGGGGGGCGCAUCGUCUUCGUCUGGGGACUGAUUCUCGUCUUUCUCAUGGCCCUCAGUGUGGCCGUUUCUCUGGGCGAACUUUGCUCGGCCAUGCCGCACGCUGGAGGGCAGUAUUUCUGGACCUCGAGGCUUGCACCGCGCAGAGUCAAGAGAGAGCUGUCAUAUCUGGUUGGCUUUCUCGGCUGGAGCGGUGCCGUCGUUACGGCAGCGUCAGGAACUCUCGCCAUCCCACAGUUUGUCCUGGGAAUGGUGGUGCUGGUCAAUCCAAGCUUCACCAUCAAGCCGUGGAUGGUAUUUGUGGGCUAUCAGAUCACCAACGUGGCCAUUUUCUUCUUGAACCUAUUUGAACGCAUCCUCCCCAAGAUCAACGUCGCGAAUCUGUGGAUUUCCAUCAUCAGCACCGUCGUCAUCUUCAUCACACUCCUUGCUACGACCAAGUCCAAGAGCAGCGCGAAAUCCGUGUUUGCCCAGAUUGACAACGUGACCGGAUGGCCCGACGGCGUUGCUUUUAUAUCCGCCCUCGUCGGGCCAAAUUGGGGAUUUGCCUGCCUUGACGCAGUCACACACAUGGCUGAAGAAGUGCCCGCUCCCGAGAAGACCCUGCCCAAGGUGCUCUUGUCCACAGUGGCAAUCGGUAUCACGAUCGGACUUCCCUUUAUGAUUGGCGUCAUGCUCUGCGUCACUGACUUUGACUCUGUUAUCCACACUGCCACUGGAGUUCCGUCCCUGCAACUCUUCUAUGAGUCGACUGGGAGCGAAGCAGCAGCGUGCAUCCUGCAGACCAUGGUGUUGAUCGUCUUUGUCGGAGCCGUGUACAGCAUCCAUACAUGGCAGUCUCGCAUGGCAUGGUCCUUUGCUCGCGACCAUGGAUGGCCUGGCAGUCGGUACCUUUCGCGGAUUGCCCCGGCCCCAAUGUCUGUUCCUCUCAUCGCCCACAUCUGGUCCUGCGCUUGGAUCGCUGCUCUGGGAUGCCUCUAUCUCGGUUCUUCCCUGACAUUCUACUCCUUUGUCAGCGGGGGCAUCCUCCUUCAGUACUUGUCAUAUGCCGUCUGCAUAGUGUUAUUGCUUUCUUAUGGAAGGGGACGGUUCAAUCACGGCCCUUUCUGGCUGCCCAAGCUGGGACUGCUGGCUAAUAGUGUCACGCUGCUGUGGGUUCUGGUGACGCUGGCCUUUUACUGUCUUCCGGUUACCAACCCGACUAUGCCUACAACCAUGAACUACGUCUCGGCCGUGAUUGCUUUCAUGUUUCUUUAUGCGGGUGCCUUUUGGCUGCUUGGUGGCAGGAAAAACUAUACCACUCCCUAA